AUGGCCGCACCUCUGCCAUCCGCCGUGCAACUCGUCGCCUCGUCCACCCCAUCCACCACAGGCACGACUCCCCUCCCGUCCGGCGCGACGACGCCGACGCCGUGCGAACCCCCUGAAAUGGUCCUCUCUCGCGACGCAGUCCGCCGCGUCGCCGCAGCCCUAACCGCCGCCGGCCACGCCGGCGCCAUCCGCAUCCUCCCCGUAACAGGCAACACGGCCGCCACUGCCGCCGCGGCGCUCAACUGCUCCACGGGCGCCAUCGCCAACUCGCUCAUUUUCACUGGGGGCGACAAGAAACCUCUCCUGGUCCUGACGAGUGGUGGACAUCGUGUGGACACGCGCGCAUUGGGCGAGCGGUUGGGGUGGAGUAAGAGUGCGAUCAAACGCGCCAAACCCGAGGUCGUUAAGAGUGCGACGGGGUUUAGUAUUGGGGGCGUGGCGCCAGUCGGAUUCCCACAGCCGAUCCGGACAAUUGUCGAUGAGGAACUGGGCAAGUAUCCAGAGAACUGGGCGGCGGCAGGUCAUCAUCAGGCAGUGUUCGCUAUUGCGUUUGAGAAACUCGUGGAAAUCACAGGGGGCGAGGUCAUGAAGGUCGAUUAG